AUGAUGAAGCUACUGCAGCUUAAUCUUAACCACUGCGCUGCGGCCCAAGACCUGCUGAGCCAGACCGUGCGGGAAUUGGCAAUAGGCCUCGCAGUCAUUAGCGAGCCAUAUAGAACGAGGGAGUCGCCUGGCUUCAUCCUAGGCGCCAACAAGAAAGCAGGGCUGUGGAUAUGUGGCGACACAUCGAUGCAGUUUACCGACAUUAGCCGUAUCCUCGACAACCUAGCGGCCGAUGUCAGAGGUCGACACCCAGUGGCUAUUGGAUGCGACUUCAACGCAUGGGCAGAGGAGUGGGGAAGCGUCGCGACCAAUGCAAGAGGCCGGGUGUUGCUGGAGGCCAUCGCACCCCUGGACAUCGCUCUCCUAAACCAGGGAGGGCAGCACACCUUCUCAAGAGGAGGAGUCGGUUCGGUUGUGCAUCUCACACUGGUCAGCUGCUCGCUCUUUAACUCGUCGAGCUGGAGCAUUAGCAGUGCCUACAGGGCGAGCGACCACCUGGCAAUAGUCUGCCAUAUUGGGCAGCAGAGAGGGACGAGACAACUAGCUCCGCCCAGAUGGAAAUGCUUCCACGCCAACAGCAUGAACACGGCGCUGUUCAAUGCGGAAUGCAUGGCCAACCACGUCAUGGUGAACCUGGAGUCAGCCUGCGAAGCCACUAUGGCCCAGAGGAGGCACUACGGCCGCUACCACCCACCUGUUUUCUGGUGGAGCGAUAGUAUAGCCCAGCUAAGCCGAGAAUGCAACCACGCACGACGCCGCUGCCAGCGCUCUCGCGGUAACCCGCUAUUUGGGCAAUGGCAGGCAGCCUUUAGGGACUGCAGGCGCUCGUUCAAGUCCGCCAUUGAGGAGAGCAAACGCGAAUGCUUCCUGGCCCUCUGCGACUCUGCCGAGCACGACCCGCGGGGAAGGGCGUAUAGGCACCCCCAAUCAGAGCACGACCUGGUCGGAUCCAUUGUGCAGGAGCUCUUCCCGCACAUGGUGGACCACAUCGAGGCGACCCAGAGUUUACGGGAAACGCAAAACCAGGCUCCCUUUGAAGAGGUGACGCUCGAGGAGGUGAAAACGGCAGCCAGGAGCAUUAGCCCAAACAAGGCACCAGGGCCAGACUCUAUACCAAAUAGAGCGCUCAUUCUCAGCCUUUCUCUGCGCCCGGACAUCUUUGUGACGCACAGCUCGACCCAGCGCCAAGCUUACUUAGACAUAAGAGAAACAACAUGA